GUUAGCUUCCACUAUCACAAGUCGAAGACUCAUCCAUUCCAUUAGGUAGAUACAGGGGAUUGGUCCUUCUACAAAAGGUGAUUUGAACUGGACAGAGUUGCCUAAUCACCGAAUUUAGAUAUCGGUGAUUCAUAAUACAGCCCUCUACUUAUUCGUUUUACGUAUAUAAGUUCCGUCUUACUUACCAAUCAACCAUGCCUACUCUCCUUGAUAAUGCCAUGAGAUCCAAGAACGCCGUACUAGCCUUCUCCGGGCUCGUUACGGCCGCUCUCGCUUGGUCGUUUGCCGGUGGGAGUAUCUUCCCGUCUCAGGAUGAUCCGAAGGGAGACCCCGAGACUUGGACACGGGAGGAACUCAGAAGAUGGCUUGCGGCUCGCAACCUUCAUCCCCAGAAAGGAGAUACUCGAGAACAACUGUUAGAGAGGGUUAAGGCAAAUAUGAGGUAGGGCGAAUUAUUAGUAGCCGUUCGCAAUGCUAGCGGCCUACUCCGGUCUGGUAUAGGAGCGAUCAGGAAGUCGAAAAGUGCCAUUUACCAAAGCAUUGAAAAGAAUAGAAGGAAGCAUAAGGUUUCCCAUCUAUGAGUUAAUGAUUUAUCGACCGUUAAGUCUUGUUUUACGCGCAUACCUACAUGAGAUACCUAUUUAAUUAGUAAAUUGAAGAAUUGUAUUUCUUACAAA